UCUAGAGCUAUUCAACUCAUAAUAUUAGUUGGCCUAAUGGCAUCUGUAAAAAAUACUGCGGUCUAUGAAGAUGACGUACGGAAAAUAUCGAAUGAAUACGAAAAGUGGCAUAAAAGCGGCAAUGUGAUAAUCAAAUUAAUAGCUCUUAUGGUUGAGCCCAUCACUUAUAUGCAGAAGGGUCCCGAUAAUGACUCUUUGAUUUGAAAAAAUUGGUCACAAAUGCAAAUAUGCGCACACAGUUACAUUAUGUCGGAUUUUAAUAUAACCAAUGCAGGCAAUAUAAACGUCUUAGAUCCGGGAAAAGUUUUGGAAACUGCUGAUAAAUCAUUCAGAAAGGGGCAAGAACAUUCAUACGAUAGGGAAAGUGCCGUCAGUUAUUCUUGGGAUGAUGACGACAACGAUGUUAUUACAUGCUGUGAGCACGAAAACUCUGAAACGACCAAUAAAAGAUUGCCUUUAUUGUUGGACAAUCAAUUAGAAAAAAUGCACAUUGACACUUCAGAUUUUUCCACAGGGAUAACCGAAAUUCCUGAAAGUUCUGGAGUUACGCAACUAAAUAUGCAAGAUUUUGAAGCUCAGAACUGUCAAAAAAUAAGCGCCGAUAAAACUGAUGGUAACAAUGUUGAAAACCAUGAUUGUGAUACUUAUAAAAAUUAUGUUUUGAAUGGAAGUGGUGCUUCUCAGUUACAAACAGUUCAACGGGGAAAGCCUUUACUUCCCCCCAAUUCGGUUAGUUCAACUUCAGGAAAUGAGUUGUCAUAUAUACUUCCUAGUGGUACACAAAGCACGAUUGCUAGUCCGUCUAAAUCAAAUGAAACGUGCUGCUCAAAACAAAAUCUUCCAUCCCUUUUAAAAUCGCAAUCACUUGACUUAUACAAUGGGGACUGUGCAAUAAUUAAUAUUGAUCAACACUUGCAUAACCAUCACCUUCCUAAUAUCACAGAACAUCGGUCUAUCGAGAGCCAGUUUCAACUGAUAGCCCCAAGCACCGACUUAAUGAAACAUUGUCAAGAUGAGAUCAUUGACAAGUAUGCUGGAGAAUUACGCCAACGUCCAGCACAGCGACCAAAUAUUGCAUCAACAUUAUUUCAAUCUGCAGAAUCCCGACCAAUUUAUCCAAACGUUCCAUACAGUCCAUAUGGCAGUCCGUACAGUAGUCCUCGGCCAGUUCGAUGCAGGCCUCCUUUACGUGAAUCACGUAGAAUAUCCAUUGAGAAAUCGGGAAGUUUUCUUCAGCUUAAUCAAUAUAAACUUAUGGAUCAAAUAGGUCAGGGUUCAUAUGGACUUGUAAAGUUGGCAUAUUCUGAGGAAGAUUCGACACAUUAUGCUAUGAAGAUUCUCUCUAAAAAGCGCCUACUACGACAGGCUGCUUUCAUGCGUCGUGGCCCAAAACAGACAACAUCUCCGCUGGAUCGGGUUUAUAGAGAAAUAGCAGUUUUAAAAAAACUGGACCACCCUAACGUUGUAAAAUUAGUGGAAGUUCUAGACGAUCCAAUGGAAGAUUCCCUAUAUAUGGUUUUUGAGUUAGUUAAAAAAGGAGAAGUACUUUCAAUACCUACUGAAAAGCCAUUAUCAGAGGAGCGGGCGUGGAGUGUGUUUCGAGACUGUUUACUAGGAUUAGAAUAUUUGCAUUAUCAAAAAAUUAUUCAUGCGGACCUGAAACCCGGAAAUUUACUACUGACGGAAUGUGGGCAUGUCAAAAUUGCAGAUUUAGGAGUAUGCAAUGAGUUUCUUGGAGAGGAUUCUAUAAUGACUAAUGGCUCAACAGGCGGUACACCAGCUUUUCGUGCACCCGAAACUCUCGCUUUGGGCAAGAAUGUGUACUGUGGUCGUGCAGCAGAUAUUUGGGCUUUGGGAGCAACGUUAUAUUCUUUGAUUUUUGGAAAUGUGCCAUUUAUAGCGAACUCCAUACCCAUGUUAUAUGAAAAAAUAAGAAACGAACCAGUUGUUUUUCCAGGAACACCAGAAAUAAGCAGUGAUUUGAGAAACUGCAUUGUUCGAAUGCUUAAAAAAGAUCCUGCAAAAAGAAUAACUUUGCCACAACUGAAGAUAAGUUCAUGGGUCACCAGUAGAGGGCUGUAUUCCUUACCAACGGAAGACGAGAACUGUUGUUUGGUACAAGUAGACGAAGAAGAUAUAAAUUCGGUUGUUCGCAGUAUUCCAAAGCUGGAUACUCUUAUAUUAAUCAAAACUAUGCUAAAAAAUCAUUCCUUUGGAAAUCCCUUCAUGAGGGGUAUUUCCGGUAGAGCUCCUCAACCAGGCGGUUCCAGAUUCGAAAAAUUUAUUCAAGCUGGUAGAUCAAACUCAGCACCAGGCUCGUAUUUCGUGGCAUUGAACAGAGACCCAUCAAUGGACAGUGUACUUCCAGCGUUAACUGAAAAUUGCUCUAUUCAAAAAAAUAAUGAAUUUUAAAUAAUUAAAAAACGUUAUCUAAAUAAGAACAGGGACCGAAAAUAACCAUUUAUUAUAUACAUUAUUGAAAAUUUGAUAAGAAUGCCUAAGAUGCACAAAACUAAUAGUUUUUAUUCCGUCUAUAUUGAUGAGCAAUACGCAUUUUUAAUUUAAUCACGAUAAGUCGGGAUUUCGCGAAAUUCCAUCCACAUGUGUGAAAAAAUCGCUGAAAACUUUUUUGAUUGCUAUCUAGGUUCAGAGUAUCUCCUAGUUGGAAACUUUAAACUAGAGGACUUUUACUUUUUAUUCAUUCUUAUAACAAUGUUCUGAUUGUAUAAUUUAAAGACUGGGUUGUAGCAAUUGUGUCGUAGUGCAAAUUAACAAUCAGAGAUAAUUAAUAAUUAAGUUUCAACCGUUAGUCCCAGUAAUAUACAUUCUUUAGCAGUAUCAACAGUCGAGGCCAUAUAGCCUGACCGUUUUCGCGCCUGGGUGUUUCUAUGCAAACUAAUUUUUCAGUUUUCUCGUCAUGAAACAUUGCAAAGGUCCGUCAUUCUGUUGCAGGUAGUACCUUGGCGGAACCGGCUGGAUCAAACUUUACAAAUUAGCUCCUUAGGAAGAGCCGGCUAGGUAAAAUUAUAUGUUUUUUUUUCUCAAGAUAUCUACACAGUUUUGUAAUUAUAAGCAUUACAAUGCUUCUCCCAUAUUUGGAAACCAUAAACCAUAAUUAUACAAGGGCAUUUAAUUAAAGCCUAUUUUGAGCAUUCGAUCGGCUGUUACUCAUUUUGCUUUUUGAAGCCUUCGAGCCUUUUAUAUGAUUUUCUUUGUAUCAGAAAUAGACAAGGGUAGUAUAUCAAUGGAUACUCCACCAUACUAUCGGACUUUCAAUAAUUUUUUGAAAUAUUUGUGAAAACUAAUUUAAGUCAUCUUUACACUUGCAGGUGUAAGCUGAUUUGCUAAGAUAUUAGUAAAAAUUUAUUUGAAACGUGUCUCACAGCCUUUAGAAAAUUCACCUACCCUGGGUGAAAACUACUAGUCAAAGGUCAAAGAGCUAUAUAAGAACAUAUUUUCUGAAAAUGUAUACUGCUAUUGUGAAAAUUGGCGAAAAACGUACAUUAUAUGCAACUGUUUUGCUUAUCAUACGAUCGGCAUUUGAUUAAUUUUCAAAGAUUUUUUAUGAAAUUUUAUUUAAUAUGUAUCCCUCUUGGAUGGUAAAUACAGGUCAAAGUUGUAUGAAUGUGCUUAAAACUGAUAAUCAAACUUGAGAUUGUACUGUACGGAUAAAUUUAAAAAUUCUAUGGGCGGAAAAUGGGUAAAAUAAUAACAUAAGCAAGGUAACUGUAAAGAAUCUUAAGUAAAGCAAAAUAAUUUUUUUCCGUAAGUACUCACCUUGAUUGGAUUAUUGCCAAAGGCGUUCAGUCAUGAUAGUUCUUUAAUGCUUUAUAUAUCAAUAACUAUGGUUAAAGCUUUAAAUCUCACCGUUUUUUUUAUAUGCUUUUAAGGUUUACGUAAUAAACGCUUG